CUCCCAGCGGCUGCGGCGAGCGUUAUGGCGGCGGCUCUCUCAAUGUCAGCGGCUCUGAGGCACCUUGUCGCGAGGAGCGGGGCCGCCGCGGCCCGCCUGUCGCCGGCCAGGUCACUGAGCACUUCCACAUGGCGGCUGGCACAGGACCAAACUCGAGACACGCAACUCAUCGCAGUUGAUGAAAAAUUGGAUAUCACUGCUUUAACUGGUGUUCCAGAUGAGCACAUCAAAACCAGAAAAGUUCACAUUUUUGUUCCAGCGCGUAAUGCAAUGCAGGCAGGAGUUAACAAUACAAAGAAAUGGAAGAUGGAAUUUGAUAACAGGGAGCGCUGGGAGAACCCUUUAAUGGGCUGGGCAUCUACAGCUGAUCCUUUAUCCAACAUGGUUCUUACUUUCUCUACUAAAGAAGAUGCCAUUGCCUUUGCUGAAAAAAAUGGCUGGAGCUAUGACGUUGAAGAGAAGAAGGUUCCAAAACCUAAAUCCAAGUCUUACGGUGCAAACUUUUCUUGGAACAAAAGAACAAGGGUGUCUACAAAAUAGGUUGGCAUUGGCUGUCUGUGAAUAGUCAGCUGUGCUAUAUUUAUAGCCCAUGUAUAAUACAUCUCUUAAUCUCCUAAUAAAUUUGACCUUUAAACUACA